AUGAUGAUUCCUGGAGCUCAGGAAAUUUCACACAAGAAAAACUCCAGUCACCGCUGCCCCGUGAGCAAGCGGAACCAAGUAUCUUAUGUGCGGCCAGCGGAACCCGCGUUCCUGUCCCGCUUCAAGGAGUGGGUGGGCUACAAGGAAGGGCCCACUGUGGAAACCAAGAGAAUCCAGCCGCAGAUCCCAGACGAAGAUGGUGAGCACAGUGACAAAGAUGACGAACAGCCCCAAGUGAUGGUUUUGAAAAAGGGAGACCUGACUGCUGAAGAAGUCAUCAAAAUUAAAGCACAAGUAAAGGCUGCCAACGCCAAUGAAGAACCAGCUCCAGCUGAUGGGAGAAUCAUGUAUGGAAAACCAGAGAAGCACACCACACGCGAAAAAUACUCGGGUUUAAUGGCAAACUCAAAAAAGAAGAAAACAAAUGAAAAUGAAGUAAAUGAGGACUCAGUUAAAAAGAACUCACAAAAGCAAAUCAAAAUCAGUAGCCUCCUUUCUUUUGGCCAUGAAGAAGAAAAUGAGUAAAUGUAAAUGUUUGUCUUAAAGUCUCCUUUGGAAUUAUCUGAGGUAUUUUUUUUUCAAAUAACAUUUUCCUGUCACUUUUAAGAUAGCAUUUUUUCUUAUUAUACUACAAGUUAGUUAUAGACUAUUUAGAAAAUACAGGAAAACUUUUGAUAAAACUGAUCAAUACCCCAACUGGAAAUU